AUGCUUCCUUCACAACUGAGCGACGCCCAGAUCGAGAAGAAAAAGAAACGCCGCGGCGGCAAGAAAGAACAGCUCAAAAGACAGCGCCGGCAGGAGCGUGAGACACUGGGGGACAACAUGGAUCACGAUGAUACUGAAGCUGUCGAUGAACCUGCCUUCGAAACUCGCAAUGCCGGAGCCAAAGGUCUCGGCCUAUUCGCAACACGUAGCAUCGAACCAGGAGAACGGCUCAUCGAAGAGUCCCCACUGUUCAUCCUUCCCAAACAAGACACCAUGAAUGCAGCCAUCGUCGAGAGUUUCAUGCGUCUACGGUCGGAGCAGCGCGCGGCCUACUUGGGCUUGAGCUCGUAUACCACGUGCGCUGCAAAGACACAAGCUGAGGCCGUCGAAACGUCGGCGGCUGAGGAUGGUGCAACAAGUUUGCCAGACGUCGGAGAUUCUGGUCCUCCAAUUGGAUACCCGGCUGAGCAAGUUGAUCGUCGCAUUUGUGCCUCUGACGUGCAGCCUCUGCCCAGCAGUUUCGAUAUUGAAAGCAGCUGCAAGUCACCCAAUGUGGCCAGUGGCAGCGGCGAUCCAAUUCUCAAGGAGUCGGACAAGCUCGAGCUGUCAAAGUCUGAAUCCACGACAACCGUCUUACCAGCUCCACAGGCUAGAGUUGAUAUCCCAAUCUGGAACGUCGACGAUCUAAAAGAAGCUCUACAAGCAACAACCAAUGACUCGGGUACGAGAAGCGGUGUGGACCGUGUGGGUGACACGGCUGAUGAUGGUGAUCAACAAGACCGCGAUUCAGAUAUGUGCGAGAUAACAGAGUCACUCGCUGCCCGUGUCGUCAACAUCUGGCGUACCAACUCAUACAUGCUCGACGAUGGUAUCACUCUCGACUCCGCUGGCGUCGGACUAAGUGCAUCCCGUCUCAACCACUCAUGCGUUCCGAAUGUCUACACUGCCUACAACAGUACCUCCGGAUGCAUGACUGUGCAGGCUCUCAAGCCAAUUGCCGCUGGAGAUGAGCUUUGCACUGCCUACAUCAACGGUGCAGCCAAGUUGCGUUCCGAACGACAUGCCCAGCUGAGCAUGUGGGGAUUUACCUGCACAUGCAUUGCUUGCGCCGACGGCCGUGACGAAUCUCGCCGCCGGAAUAUCAAGACGUUGAUGGCCAAGGUUGAGGGGGUAAAACAACAGAUGUUGGAAGGUCAUGCAGACCUGCCCGUCGCCCAGAUCGAACAGACGGUUGGAGAUCUGCUCGACCAGGCUGCUCUCAUGAGUGACGAAGGCUUGCUAGGUCCAGACCUAGCUGAUGUAUGCUGCAUGCUCAUCGGUCGUCGCGAAGAAGCUGGCGCACUUCAAUCAUCCGGCUUUGGGAUCCUGCUACGCAGCUACGGUAUUGACAACCCAAUCUGCAUCGCUGCCCUUCAGGCCGGCGACUUGGACGAAGCUUGA